AUGGAGAAGAUGGGUGUUUCGUCGACCUCCGUGAACGCCUCUGCGCCGAUGCUAGGGCAAGCCGCCGACGUGCCCACGGCGAACUUCCAGCUGUUUGGCUCCAUGCUGCCGGUUCCGGCGGCAUCCAUGGCAACGGCUACUGCUCCCGCACCGACAGCGGAUAAUGGUGCGAGUGGAUCGGUGGCGGCGGGGGCGGCGGCACAGAACGCUUCUGGUUCAGUGCAAGGCCAAGGUGACGGCAUGUCCUUGUCCUUGCAACUCUGGCCGGUUGGGUCCACGACGGCGGCGGUUUCGUCGCCACCCGUGGCGCCGGUGACGGGUCCAGGUCCAGCAGCAGUAAUGCCGGCGCCGUUGGCGAUGGCUGCUGCUGAGAACGCGUCGCUUGCGGCGGUGGCGAACGCGCUAGCGCUGCGCAGGAAGAACGUGGCCACGCAGCGCUCCACCGCGCUGCUUGGCCACCUCAGGCGCUGCGCUGAGGCGCUGGCCGUGUCGCGGUCGGAGGACGCGGACGCGGAGCUCGCCAGCAUCGCGCUGCUAGCGUCGCCGGACGGCGACGCCGUGCAGAGGAUGGCCGCGGCGUUCGCCGAGGCGCUGGCGAGGGUGGCGCUCCGCCCCUGGAAAGGCAUAGCCGCGAUGGCUUUCCCCUCCGACGGCAGCGACAGGCCCCGCGCGUGGGAGGCCGCCGCCGCGCGGAUGAACUUCCUCAACCUGUGCCCGGUGCUCCACCUCGCCGCCGUCGCCGUCAACGAGAUCAUCCUCGAGACCACGAGGAACGACAGGUUCAUCCAAGUCGUCGACCUCGGCGGCGUCCACUACGGCCAGUGGGUGGAUCUCCUCCACGCCUUGGCCACACGCCGCGAGUCCCGGCCGUGUCUCCGCCUCACCGUGGUCCACGAGGACAAGCAGUUCCUCUACCAAGCUUCCCUCGUCAUCAUGAGCGAAUCCGACCGCGUCGGCGUGCCAUUGGACCUCCACAUCGUCGAGUCAAGCAGCCUCCUGGCGCUCAAGCUGGACUCCCUCGGGGUGAGGAGUGACCAUGCCGUGGUCAUCGUCUCCACACUCAAGCUCCACCCUCUCAUCGGCACCGGCAACGACACGGCGGCGGCGGCGUCAGCGGCAGCGGGUGGCAUGGCCUCGUCGCUUCCGUCUCCGUCGACGACGUUAACGAACGUGGACAAGCUCCUCCGGGGCUUCCACCUGCUGUCGCCGAAGCUCAUGAUCGUCACGGAGAACGAAGCCUCCCACUUCGGGCCGUCGUUCAUGGAGCGGUUCGCCUCGGCGCUGGGUUACUACGAGCAGCUGUUCACCUCCGUGGAGGAGGGGAGCGCGGCGUACGGCGGCGAGCCGGCGCAGCGAAAGGAGGCGGAGAGGUUUCUCCUCAGGGAGGAGAUCAAGGACAUCAUCGCGUGUGAGGACGGGCCGCGCUGGGCACGGCACGAGAGGCUGGUGAGGUGGAUUGCCCGCAUCGCCGCCGCCGGGUUCGUGUUCUCGCCGACGAGCAGCGGCGCUGCGGUGGAGCGGGUGAGGUCGGUGGCGGCGCGGAUGCCCGGAGGGGAAAAGGUUUAUGGUGUGGCGGAGGCUGGCAGCGGGUGGCUCGUCCUCAGAAGGGAGGAGAAGCCCAUGUUCUCCGUCUCUGCUUGGAGGAGGAGGUGA